UGUUACAGGCGACCAUGGAGUGUCAGCGCCACUGCCGAUGCGUCGCAGCACUGGUGGUGGAGCCGGAGGCGGUGCCGGUACUGCAGGAGGCGGAGUCGGGCCGGGGGGCGGAGACCCUUCAGCCACGCCCUCGGCGGGGAUCCUAUCGCCGCGCGGUAGCGACAACGGCGGCGGCCUGGGCGUUAAAAUGGUAGAAUAUGUGCUGGGUACCUCUCCUACAUUAAAGGACGGGUCAUCGGCAGCGGCUGCCGCGGCCGCAGCUGGGCUUGAGCCGCGCAUGCGUGGACUACAUUUGGGCGGAGCUGGGGGAGCGGCCGGUGGGAGUGUGGGCGGAUCGCAGGGAGGUCCAGACGAUAAAGACAGCAAAGACGGCAAACAGAGUCCGAAAGAAGAAUGCAACGGUCAGCAAUCGCAACAGCAACAACAAGUGGUUCAGAACGGCGGACAGGUCGUCGACGACGACAAGGGUUUCAAUUUUCUUUGCAGCCGCACCCCUGGUAGUAGACAACCAUCCCCAGCAGAAGAAGAACUGACAAAAAAUGGCGGUGAUCCAACGGCGGCAGCACUUGCACUUAAGCAACAGCAUCAACAACAGGUAAGCAUAUAUGAACAGCUAUCCGGCGGCGUAUCCUCCGCCUCGCAUCACCAUCUGCACCACCACCUGCCAGUCGCAUCGGCAGCCGCGGUGGCCGCCCAGGCCGCCCAUCAUCACCACCAUCACCAUUUGACGCCCCAUCUCGGCGUCACGCUCGCCGAUUCUGUCAAUCAGCAAUUCGCAGAACAUUUCGCGGUAGUCGCGGCAGCCGCCGCCGCGUCCGGUCACCAUCCCGGACACCAUCAGGAACAACAUCAUACGCAACAAGGACAGAGCAACAACCUUUACGACCAGAGUGGACAACAGUACGCGCCCCCGCCCCAGCCACACCAAGUGGACAGUGCGGUUCUGCAGCAACAGCAGCACAACUUCGAUGUACAGCAUGCCUGUUUCUGAAAAGGAUUGCAGUUUUCUGUAAAGAAAGGUUUUAUCUAGGACGAAUGCUGUAUAAAAUGCGGUCCACAUUUUUGCGUAC